CAAUAAUAGAUGUUGGGUCUUGUUGUAAAAAUAUGGAUAAAGUUAUUGAGACAUUACAAAAUUUUUAUCGAUUAAUAUUAUAUCAUUUUGAAAAAAGCAGUAUUGAAGAGUUAUUUGAAGAAGUGUUUUAUUUUAACAGUAGAGAGUUAGAAAAACGACAAUAUAUUGUCGAUAAUUAUAAAGCAAGAAUAAUAUUAGUAAAAAAGAAAUCUAAAAAGCUAGCAAGCUUACGAGAUGUAAAUUUAUUUAAAAACUCGAAAUCUUAA